AUGCCGGCGGUCCGUGCCGCGCACAACUUCCCGCCCCAGGUGUUGUCUGGUGGUUUGGCACGGCGGGGCCUGGCCGGAGAGCGCUGGGAGCGCCGGGGACGGCGCACCGAGAGCCUUCGGGCGGCACGACGGGGUGGGUUCGGGUUAGCACUGUACGUAUAUGAAUAUCUGCUCCAUGUAGGAGCACAGAAAUCUGCCCAGACAUUUUUAUCGGAGAUAAGAUGGGAAAAAAACAUCACACUGGGGGAGCCGCCAGGAUUCUUGCACUCCUGGUGGUGUGUAUUUUGGGAUCUCUACUGUGCAGCUCCAGAAAGACGAGAAACAUGUGAACAUUCAAGUGAAGCAAAAGCCUUUCAUGACUAUAGUGCUGCAGCAGCUCCCAGUCCAGUGCUAGGAAACAUUCCCCCGGGAGAUGGCAUGCCAGUAGGUCCUGUACCACCGGGUUUUUUUCAGCCUUUCAUGUCCCCUCGGUACCCUGGAGGUCCAAGGCCACCUUUAAGAAUACCCAACCAGGCACUUGGAGGUGUCCCAGGAAGUCAGCCAUUAUUGCCUAGCGGGAUGGACCCAACACGGCAGCAAGGACAUCCAAACAUGGGUGGACCUAUGCAGAGAAUGACUCCUCCAAGAGGAAUGGUUCCUUUAGGACCACAGAACUAUGGAGGUGCAAUGAGACCCCCACUGAAUGCUUUAGGUGGCCCGGGGAUGCCUGGAAUGAACAUGGGCCCAGGGGGUGGUAGACCUUGGCCAAAUCCAACUAAUGCCAAUUCCAUACCUUAUUCUUCAGCAUCUCCUGGGAAUUAUGUAGGUCCUCCAGGAGGUGGAGGGCCACCAGGAACACCCAUCAUGCCUAGUCCAGCAGAUUCAACCAACUCUGGAGACAACAUGUACACUUUAAUGAAUGCAGUACCACCUGGACCCAACAGACCUAAUUUUCCAAUGGGGCCAGGGUCAGAUGGACCUAUGAGUGGACUGGGUGGAAUGGAUUCACAUCAUAUGAAUGGAUCAUUAGGCUCAGGAGACAUGGACAGUAUUUCCAAAAACUCUCCCAGUAAUAUGAGCAUGAGUAAUCAGCCUGGCACUCCCAGAGAUGAUGGUGAGAUGGGUGGAAACUUCCUAAACCCUUUUCAGAGUGAGAGCUACUCCCCUAGCAUGACAAUGAGUGUGUGAUCCGUUAACAAGUCUCGUCCUGAAGACCACAGUGAGUUGGCCCUCUUCAGAGAGCUACUACAGAAGAAAAUUAUUCAUCCCAGUGUACAGUCUUAACAAAAGGAUCUCAGACAUAAUCAGACCCACCAUUUUUUUUCCUACCAUCUCCCCUGUUUUUUCAAGAAAGUGGGUCCCAAACAUGAUUGAGACAACUGAGCAGCAUAACAGAACUGCCCAUGAUGGAACUGAAAUUAUCUGUGUAUGUACAUGCGUGGGUAAGCGUAUAUGUAUGUGUGUGUGCACAGAAAUACACACAUACAUAUAUAGCCCUGCAGGACACUGUAAAAUAUUAUCACAUGACAUCUUAAGUAGAAGUGAAAAGUAGGGACUUAUAUUCCAUCUUUUUUUUUCACGUUUACAUUCUAAUUGUUAAAAUUUGCUUGCCCUCUCCCCUCCUGAACUGUUUUACGUUGCAUAUAUCAUUGCUUUAUAAGUUAUUUUUUAAGGUGAACUCAUUUGAUAAAUUCUGAUUUUGUAAAUGUCUGCCAUUAUGGAUAGGAAUAAAAUUGCUUAUAAGAGCUUUCAUUAACUUGUGUUUGAUACCAGUUACAUACCCUGUGAAUCACAAACUGUGUUAUCUCAAGAAAUAGAAGAAAGCUCAUCUUAAUUUUUCGGAGAAAUUUAAUAAUUUUCACCUAGUUUGGUGAUUUUUUUUAAUAC